AGACCUGAUUUUCUUGGGAAGAAAAAGAGGAAGCCAAACAGAGCCUGAAGGGCAGGUAGCGAGAGUGGAUAGUGCAAGAAGAGUAAGGGAAAAAGAAUGGAGGCGUGGAAGGUGUGGAGCGCUUCAUCGCAGCCGCUGAAGCAACUCAUCCACUUGGCUUCUUCUACCACUCGCCGCACCUCUUCCAGAUUCAUCGUCUCAUGCUGUUCUCCUUCCACCACCACCGCCACCACCGCCGGCGGCGGGUCCAGGAUUGCCGGCCGGAAUCGGAGGUCAGCGUCUUCGUCUUCCUCGUCCACCUCCGACAGAGACGCCAUUCGUGCCAUUCGUCUGAAGAAGGUUGAAGAAUUGAGGAACAAGGGGCUUGAGCCCUAUGCUUAUAAGUGGGAUAGGACUCAUACUGCUAAUCAGUUGCAAGAUAUAUAUAGACAUCUAGGGAAUGGGGAAGAGUUAAACAGUGAGAGUGAUUAUGUGUCAAUAGCAGGAAGAAUUGUGGCACGUAGAGCAUUUGGAAAGCUUGCCUUCUUCACUUUGAGAGAUGAUUCGGGGACAAUCCAGCUUUACUGCGAGAAGGAAAGGCUUUUAAAUGAGCAAUUUGAGCAGUUAAAGACACUUGUUGAUAUUGGUGAUAUUCUGGGUGUAAGUGGCUCAAUAAAGCGGACAGAGAAAGGAGAGCUCUCUGUUUAUGUGAAUUCGUUUGCAAUUCUUACAAAAUCUCUACUCCCACUGCCAGAUAAAUAUCAUGGUCUAACUGAUGUGGAUAAGCGUUAUCGCCAAAGGUAUGUAGACAUGAUUGCUAAUCCUGAAGUAGCUGAUAUAUUUCGGAAAAGAGCAAAGAUUGUAUCAGCGAUACGCAGAACAGUGGAAUCAUCAGGCUUUGUUGAAGUCGAAACUCCAGUCCUACAGGGAGCAGCUGGUGGAGCAGAAGCUAGGCCAUUUGUCACAUACCAUAAUUCACUUGGAAGGGAUCUUUACUUGAGGAUUGCAACUGAGCUGCAUUUAAAGAGAAUGCUGGUAGGGGGAUUUGAAAAAGUAUAUGAGAUGGGUCGAAUAUUCAGAAAUGAAGGCAUUUCAACUCGUCAUAAUCCUGAGUUUACCACUAUAGAGAUGUAUGAAGCAUAUUCAGACUAUGAAAGCAUGAUGAACAUGGCAGAGGAAAUUGUAACUCAAUGUGCUCUUGCAGUUUGUGGGAAGCUUACCAUUGAUUACCAGGGAACGGAGAUAUGUCUAGAACGACCUUGGAGAAGAGAAACCAUGCUCAAUCUUGUGAAAGAGGCCACUGGGAUUGACUUCAAUGAGUUGGGCAAUGAUAUUAAAGUUGCUAAGGAAGUUGCUCUGAGAGCACUAGGGAUUGGUCAUGAUAGUAAAGACAAAUCUUCUAUUGAAGCCUGCACAUCUGUUGGCCAUGUUCUUAAUGAGGUCUUUGAGAUUGUUGUAGAACCACAGCUCAUACAACCCACGUUUGUCUUGGAUUAUCCUAUUGAGAUAUCUCCUCUAGCCAAACCACAUCGAAGGCAGGCAGGCUUGACUGAGAGAUUUGAACUAUUCAUUUGUGGUCGUGAACUGGCCAAUGCAUUCUCUGAAUUGACUGAUCCUAUGGAUCAGAGAGGACGCUUGGAGGAGCAAGUGAGGCAGCAUAAUGAGAAGAGAGCUGCAGUUGUUUCAGAGCCGGAUCAUGCAGAGGAGAAAACCACAGAAAGUGAGGAUGAGUCGUAUGAAGUUACACUUGAUGAUGACUUUCUAACGGCUUUGGAAUACGGAAUGCCUCCAGCUUCAGGAAUGGGUCUCGGAGUUGAUAGGCUAGUGAUGCUUCUGACAAACUCCGCCAGCAUUCGAGAUGUUAUUGCUUUCCCCGUCCUCAAAGUUCAGCAGUAGUUUCACAACAAAAGCUCUGCUCAACCAUUCUGGAUCAGCAUUCUUUUGAAGUUCAAAGAAGAUCUUUGUGUCUUAAGAUGUAAUGUCACUCUAUUCUUUUCUAUCCCUUUUAAUGUUAUUUACAGGAAAAUUUUGACCGUAUCUGGAGACUCACCUUCCAAUAGCAUGAUCGAAGAAAAUGUUCUUCUCCCCUGCUUGAUGGGUUGUAAAAUGAUCCGGUUCGGUUUGGUUGGGGUUUUGAAGGAAAAUUUGUCCUAACUUGAGUGAUUGUCUUAUACUUGAAUAAAAAUGGAGCUGAAAAUUUUGAAUCCAAUCAAGUUUA